CCACCGCUCUUUGUUCAAAAGCGCGCUCUCUCUCUCCCUGUCUCUUUCUCUCUCUACUGAGUUUGAGAAGGACGAUGAAUUACGAGCAGAGGCUCAAAGCCGCGGCGAAGAUCAUACUCACUGAUGGCGCACGCGCCGGAGACGCGCGUGUCGACUCUGAAGAGCUCGGCGUCAAGGCUAAACUGAAGCCUCACCAGGUCGAAGGCGUGUCGUGGCUCAUACGCCGAUACAAUCUCGGCGUCAACGUCAUUCUCGGAGACGAGAUGGGACUGGGAAAGACGUUACAAGCUGUUUCAUUACUGAGCUAUUUGAAGGUUCAGAAGAUGUCACGUGGACCAUUUUUGGUAUUGUGUCCUUUGAGUGUGACGGACGGUUGGAUCACAGAGAUGGACACAUUUGCUCCAAAACUAAAGGCUCUUAGGUAUAUUGGUGAUAAAGAAAAUCGGCGCAUUCUACGCAGGACAAUCUACAAGCACAUAAAUGAACAGACCUCCUCAUCUGAUGAAUUGUCGUUGCCUUUUGAUGUCCUGUUGACAACAUAUGACAUAGCCUUGGCAGAUCAGGAUUUUCUUUCUCAGAUGCCCUGGAGCUAUGCAGUAAUAGAUGAAGCGCAAAGGCUCAAAAACCCUUCCAGUGUUUUGCACAAUGUCCUAAGAGAGCGCUAUCUCAUACCAAGACGGUUACUGAUGACUGGCACACCUAUCCAAAACAAUCUCACUGAACUUUGGGCUUUGAUGCAUUUUUGUAUGCCUUCAGUCUUUGGGAAGCUAGACGAGUUCCUUGCAACAUUCAAGGAAGCUGGAGAUCCCUCAUCAGGCCAUGAUACAACCAAAGUCAAGGAACAACUCAAAACCUUAAGAAGUAUCUUGGGAGCUUUCAUGCUCCGCCGUACAAAAUCUAAACUUAUUGAGUCUGGAGAUUUAUCCCUGCCACCGCUUACUGAGAUAACAGUGCUGGCACCAUUGGUCAGCUUGCAAAAGAAGGUGUAUAUGUCAAUAUUGAGAAAGGAGCUUCCUAAGCUACUUGCACUCUCUUCCGGAGGUUCAAAUCAUCAGUCCUUACAGAAUAUUGUAAUACAGCUUCGAAAAGCAUGUAGCCAUCCAUAUCUCUUCCCUGGUAUUGAGCCUGAACCAUAUGAAGAGGGCGAACACCUGGUUCAGGCUAGUGGUAAGCUUAUAAUCUUGGAUCGACUACUUCAAAAGCUACAUGAGUAUGGACACCGUGUGCUUCUCUUUGCACAGAUGACGCAUACCCUUGAUAUUCUGCAGGAUUUUCUGGAGUUACGAAAGUAUUCCUACGAGCGGCUUGAUGGAUCAAUUCGCGCUGAGGAGCGCUUUGCUGCCAUAAGAAGUUUCAGCACACAAUCAACAAAAAAAAGUUUGAAGUCUCAAGCUGAUCAAAAUGGUGCUUUUGUCUUCAUGAUCUCUACAAGAGCUGGGGGAGUUGGCUUGAACCUUGUGGCUGCUGAUACUGUUAUAUUCUAUGAGCGAGAUUGGAAUCCCCAGGUUGACAAGCAAGCUCUGCAGCGGGCACACAGGAUUGGUCAGAUGAAUAAUGUACUGUCAAUAAACCUAGUUACAGGACGUACGGUGGAGGAGGUUAUCAUGCGGAGAGCAGAGAGGAAAUUGCAGCUAAGCCAUAAUGUUGUUGGGGACAAUGUUAUGGACCAGGAUGGUAAAGAAACAAGUGGAGUUGAACCUAGUGACUUACGAUCCAUCAUCUUUGGGUUACAUCUCUUCGAUCCUGAUGAGGUCAACAAUGGUGUGCUUGAGAUGUCAGAACUGAAUACUAUGGCUGAGAAGGUAAUUUCAGUGCGGAAUAAACAAGUAACUACCAAGGAUGAGAGGAAAUUUGAGCUUAAUCCAGCAGAUGUUUUGAAUGGAAAUGAUCUUGUUGUAGGAGAAGGUUCCACUUCUCUUAGUUUCAAUUCGGGCUUUGAUGAAUCUUCAUAUCUCUCUUGGGUUGAAAAAUUCAAGAACGUGUCACAAGAAAAUAUGGAUAUGGGAAGCAGAAGAAAUCUACUCGAGGAAAAACGUCUAAAACUUGAGACUGCAAAGAAGAAAGCAGACGAGAAGAAGUUGUCAAAGUGGGAAGAGCUUGGAUACCAUUCACUGUCUGUUGAAGACCCUAUCAGCCCUGUGGAUAGUGAUAUGAUGUCUGAUUCAGGUUCUGUCCAAUUUGUUUAUGGGGAUUGUACACAACCAUCAAAAGUUUGCCCCUCUGAGCCUACCAUUGUUUUCAGCUGUGUUGAUGAUUCUGGACACUGGGGUCGUGGAGGAAUGUUUGAUGCACUGUCCAAGCUAUCUGCAAGUAUCCCUGAUGCGUAUCAACGAGCUUCCGAAUUUGGUGACCUGCAUCUGGGUGAUCUUCACCUUAUAAGAGUUUAUGGGGAUUCAGAUGAGCCUGGGAUGGACUCGAAUCCUUCUCAAUGGGUGGCUUUGGCUGUUGUGCAAUCUUAUAAUCCUAGGCGUAAAGUACCCCGCAGCAAGAUUUCUAUCCCUGACUUGGAAAGUUGCUUAUCGAAAGCAUCGUUUUCAGCUGCUCAAAGUUCUGCUUCAAUCCACAUGCCACGUAUUGGGUAUCAAGAUGCAUCAGAUCGUGCAGAAUGGUACUCCGUCGAACGCCUUCUACGAAAAUAUGCUUCUAUUUAUGGCAUAAAGAUAUACGUGUAUUAUUUUAAGCGGUCUGCUUGACGUUUUUGACUGAUCCUGCGCAAGACGAGGUCCUCGUAUUCCACAGAUGUAGCUAAUAGACUUACGUUAGCAAAAUGAACCCGUGCCGCCUUUCUUGUCAUGUAAAUGUGUUCACCUCCAGAGUAAAUAUGUUGACCUUUUCCCCUGUUUGAUAAUGUUCUAGUGUAGGAACUGGGAACAUGAAAACAUGAAGUGUUGUUGUGUAAAACCCUCAAAUGUAUGAGUGGUACCAAAUAUCUUCGGUUAAAAGAUUUGAAUCUUCCGGUUA